CAGCAUCUCAGCAGCCAAGAAUGGGGGCAACCACAGUGGACAGAGCAAGAGCACAUCGGAGCUCCUCGGACUCUCCGCACGGCGACGCUCCCUGCGCCUGUACAAUGCUCCUGUCACCUGUGCUUGUCCCUUCAUUCUCUACUGUGGUAACUAUCUCCCACUGGUGGUGCUCUACUACUAGCUAGUAUCCUUUGGCGGUCCCUGUCCCAUCCCAAAGCCCAAAGCCCAGAGCGCAUAAAACACAAAUCACAGCAGCGUUUUUACUCUUGCAGCCAUUCCAUUACCAACUAACGUACCGUAAUUCAAAAUCCCCACUCAAUCAACCCACUAGCUAUACCAUGGGAGACCAAUUCCUUUCGCAAGGCACAGCCCCCGAUGGCUCUGGAACCGCUGCGGCACCCGCCGAAGCUGUACAAGAGGAACAGCUCCCUAUCUAUGCCGGCAAGUGGACCCAGGAAGAGGAGCAGUACGCUCAGUUUCUCAUGGAAGAGUUCCGGGCUGGUAACAUCCCUGGCCUUGAAAACGGGGCCAGUAUGAGGAACUACUUGGCCAAGAUGCUCAUCUGUCGCCCGAAGCGUGUGACAAAAAAGUACGAACGGACUGGAUACAAUGGUAAGCUGACGUAUCAAGGCAACCUGAUCAAGUUGUCUCCUCAGCAAGCACAAGAAAGACACCAGAAGCUUGCCGUCUUGCGAGCAAAGUUCUUGGAGAGUCGCAAGCAGCGUCUUUGCCUUGUCCUUCCCGGCAGCCUGAAGCCGCCUCCUCCCUCUCCUUCACCCUCCAUGACUCAUGCUGCCAGUUUGACUGCAGCCGGACUUGGACACAGGUCAAGCUUCACGGCUUUGGACAACCAGGGAUCCUUGUUGGGACAGAACUCAUUGGCUUUUGGUUUGACUGGUGGAACAGGCGGAGCAGCUCAGGGAGGCAUUCUGGGUGGCAUGGGUGGGCUUGGCGGUUUGGGAAAUCCGUUCCUCUCGCAUGCCGCCGAACGAAACGCUCUGACUUCUCGGCUGUUGGCAUCUUCUAUGGGUGCUGGCAUGGCACCUGCACCUGCCUUGCAUCCUGCCCCAUCAGGGCUCGGAGGGCUCUCGGAUCAACUCUUGCUCAGGAGCAGUAUGUUUUCUGGCGGUGGAGCACAAAACCCACUGCCAUCCUCGCUUCAUCAGAGGGGUCCUCUUCUCAACUCGGCAGCUGCUCUUCCAAGGGGAAGCAUAACAUCCACCUCCUCAGGUACAAACCCAUUUCUUGCUGGCGGCGACCCUCUAGCACAGCAGCAUGUGUUGGCCCAGUUACAAAUGGAGAACGAACAAAGGGCCAAUGAACUCAUGACAAGGCGCCAUCUUAUGGCGGAAAUACACAGAGAGGAAGAACGAAAGGCUUCCCUGGAGCGGGUCCUAUUGGAGCAAUACCAUAGAACUGGAGAACUGGGAGACCCCAGUGGCGCCGAGGGAUCUGAACCUGGUGAUCGCGAAAGACGAGCAGGGCUGAAACGCACUGGAGCUGACCCGCCCGAUGAUGGCCCCUCUCAACAAGAUUGGAAGAGGCACAGGGGGCUCUAAAAAGCUUGCGGGUGGUUGACCAGUUUUGGCCACUGUAAAUAAAAAGCACUAAUCUAAAUUAGUAUAAGAAGGAACUUGAAAUGAGC